GCGGGAGCAGCCACGAGCAAGCGACCUGAUGUUCUUCGAAAGUAGGGCUCAUAAGCGUGCAUGCGCCGCCAAGCAAGAAGAACGACGCAAGCGCAUCGAGGAUCUUCCGCCAGAGUACCACACCCCAUUGACCGCCUCUGAGAAGAACAUCGUCAAUCAGCUCGCGUCCGAGACGGUCAAGCAGGUGCAGUCCGGUGCCGCUGACCCGCUCGAAAUUCUCCGGGCAUACGCGAAGAAGGCCUUCAAGGCGCACGACGCGACGAACUGCCUUACCGAAGUGCUCUUGCCUGAGGCCGAGAGCUGGGCGAAGACAUGCAAUCGCCAAGGCCCGCUGGCGGGAAUGCCCGUCAGUCUAAAGGACACCACGGGCGUCGCGGGCUGGGACGCGUGUAUUGGGUACAGCGCGUGGGUCGGCAAGCCGGUGCAGAAGGAUUCGGGUCUUGUGAGACUGCUGAGAGAUGCUGGUGCUGUGCCUUUCGUGAAGACGAAUGUCCCCAUAUCGCUCCUAUCGUUUGAGUCAGCGAACGACGUGUUCGGACGAUGCGUAAACCCGCAUAACAAAGAUCACGCGUCAGGCGGCUCCUCUGGCGGUGAAGCUGCACUGCUUGCGUAUGGUGGCUCUCGGUUGGGUAUUGGCACAGAUGUUGCUGGCUCCGUACGCACUCCUGCACAUUACUCAGGAGUUUACACCAUUAAAGCAUCUAUGCACAGAUUCCCGAAGACAGGAAAUGGCACAAGUAUCCCGGGACAGAUCGGUAUACCUGCUGUGUACUCGCCCAUGACGCGCACUCUUGCGGAUUUGGAGAUGAUGUGGCGAGCAAUAGUAAGCAUGAAGCCAUGGGCAUACGAUCACUCGUGCGUACCGCUCCCAUGGAGAGAGAUAGACUUGUUCCCAUCGGAGAAGACCAGGUUGAGGUUCGGUGUUAUGUGGACAGAUGGUGUCGUUGAGCCCAGUCCGGCUUGUCGGCGAGCCUUGGAGAAAGUCGUGUCUGCGCUGAGGUCCGACGGCCAUGAGAUCGUCCUAAUCACUCCUCCAGACACAGCGAAUGCGCUCUCAGUUGCCGGCCAACUGUUAUUCGCUGAUGCCGGGAAGGCUGUCACGAAACCCGUGCGGCGUAGCGAAUGGAUGGACGAUGGCGUCGUCGAAGCACUCCGCGUACUGCGUCUCCCAGGCAUCUUCCGGAAGCUCUACGCCUGGUAUUGGCGCUACAUCCGGCGAGAUGCAGUGUACGCAGACUUGGUCGACGUCUGGCGCGAGAAGACGGUGGAGGAGUACUUCGCGCUCGUCUCGCGGCGCGAGGCUUACCGUGAAAAAUGGUUCGACAUGUGGAACGAGAACAACCUCGACUUUGUGCUGACUGUCCCGAACUCACUUCCCGCGGUGCCGCACGGAGGCAUGAGAUAUGGAUGGACGGCUUGCGGGUAUACGUUCUUGUUUAACCUUCUUGACUACUCCGCAGGCGUGCUUCCGGUCACCAAGGUCGACCGCACAAAGGACACGCUGCGGAACUUCAAGCCGAAGAAUCAUCUCGAAGCCAAGCAGUACAGGAUGUACAACGCAGACAAGAUGCACGGUCUCCCAGUGGGCGUGCAGGUCGUCGGCAGGCGCCUUGAGGAGGAGAAAGUCUUGGAAGGGAUGAAGCUCGUGGAGAGCUGCUUGCAAAGGCGAGGACGGGCAUACGAGCUUCUCGAGGUGGAGGAUUGAUCUAUAGCCACGUCUCUGCGAGGGCAGCUGAAUAUGAUACGUCUCUUCUCUGACGGUGCUAUGUCGUACUG